AUGGCGGCGGCGGACUGGUCCCGAUCGACCGUGGUCUACGGCCAGCAAAGUACCAUCGAUUUGGUUCGGAAUCAGACUUACAAUACCAAGCCUCUAGCAGGAUCUAAGCAACCGCGUGAAGAGAUCCCUCCAAAUCCCAUCCGCUUCUCAUUGCCACAACCGCCGACGACAGGGCUCAGGCCCUCGAUCUAUGUACAGACACCCGCUCCACCACGGUUACAGGCUAGCCGUGUUCUCCCCACAAAGAACGUUGACCAAGCUGGCUCCUCAUAUGAACCUCCCCCAGUCCCAUUGCCCCCUCUCCUAUCCUCCACCCCGGGCCCUUCGCAAAAUCCUUUACUCACCCUUCGACAUCCGCUCUAUGGCCUUCCGCCCAGACUGGUCGACAACUUGGAUAGUCUAGGAGUACAUGCAAUAUACCCAUGGCAGUCAUCGUGUCUGCUGGGCAAAGGGCUGUUGACUGGAGAGCAGAAUCUGGUCUAUACUGCGCCCACGGGUGGUGGUAAGUCUCUGGUCGCUGACAUUCUCCUGCUCAAGCGGAUCAUCAACAAUCCCGGAAAGAAGGGUAUACUAGUUCUUCCGUACGUGGCUCUGGUGCAAGAAAAGCUGAAGUGGCUGCGCUCGCUGGCCGACGGAGUCUCCAGAGAUGUUGAGGAGCUGUCGGACGCCGUUCCCUACCCAACUUGGCAGCGACCUACUAGCUUGAUCCGCGUCAGCGGUUUCUUCGGCGGCAGCAAGUCCACAGUCAACUGGUCAGACUGUGAUGUAGCGGUAUGCACAAUUGAGAAAGCCAAUUCAUUGGUAAAUGCUGCUAUCGAGGAUGGCAAGGAUUCUGAGCUUGGAGUCCUGGUUCUCGACGAGUUACAUAUGCUCAAUGACGAGAACCGCGGCUAUCUCAUGGAACUUCUCGCCACGAAAUUGAUGUCGUUGGACACCCCUGUCCAAAUCGUGGGCAUGAGCGCCACUCUGCCAAACCCUCAACUCCUGGCUAGGUGGUUGAAGGCCAAAUUUUACAUUGCCAAAUAUCGUCCCAUCCCCAUCGAAGAACAUCUGGUGUAUGACAACGCCAUCUACCCCACGGCCAAUGCCAAAGAGUUCUUUCUGACCGCCACUCAACUAACGGCAGGCAACACUGUCUCAACACAACGGCCGCAGCCACUCCGAACAAUCACGAGAUCUGACCAUCGGGACCUCCAAAAUCCCAUGACCAAUGCGGUUGUUGCGCUGGCUGUUGAAACUGCUCUUAUGGGUCACGGGGCCCUGGUGUUUUGCAGCAGCCGGUUGGGGGCGGAAAGAAUGGCAUCACUGAUUAGUGAUACUUUACCCAUCAACGGCCUUGACCAGCAGACCUCCGACCGACGACAAGAUCUGCUGGCAUCACUACGUGCACUGCCAGGAGGCUUUGAGGCCACCUUUUCCAAAACCGUUCUCUGUGGGGUGGGUUUCCAUCAUGCGGGAUUGACUGUUGAAGAACGAACCUUGGUUGCCGAGGCAUAUGACACUGGCAUACUCAGAGUGAUGGUUGCCACGUGUAGUCUUGCAGCAGGGAUCAAUCUUCCCGCCCGGCGCGUCAUAUUGAACGGAGCUCGAAUGGGCCGCGAUCUGGUAGGGCCUGCGAUGCUUCGCCAGAUGCGGGGGCGGGCUGGCCGCAAGGGAAAAGAUGAGGUUGGAGAAACAUACUUGUGCUGCCAAAAAUCCGACCUCGAGGCGGUGGCAGAAUUGCUGGAAGCGGAGAUGCCUCCUGUUGAAAGCUGUCUGACCCCAGAGAAAAGAGGGAUCAAGAGAGCCCUCCUCGAAGUCAUUGGUAUUCGAAUGGCAUCCAGCAGAAUUUCGCUGGAUCAAUAUGUCCAGUCAUCGUUGCUCUGGCACACAACGGACCAUACGAUCGUAACCGGGAUGGUUGACGAAUCGAUCAAAGAAUUAAUUGACAGCGAGCUGAUCCAGACCACUGAACAUGAACACUGCCUUGAACCGACUAGGCUGGGUAUGGCCGUGGUAGCCUCGGGUCUCAGCCCUGAAGAUGGGAUAUUUGUCCAUUCCGAAUUGUGUCGGGCGCUGGAGUCAUUUGUGAUGGACGGCGACAUGCACAUUUUUUAUCUCUUCACGCCUGUCCAGACCAGCGGAAUGGCUGAAAUCUCUUGGCCAACCUUCCGCAAUGAGCUCCACUCGCUGGACGAAAGUGGCCUGAGAGCUAUCCGACUCAUUGGAGUCAAUCCGGCGUUGGUCGAUCGACUUGGCAAUAGUGGCGGUAGCCUAAAAGAGAAUACCCCGGACGAAAUCCGGCUAGCACGAGUGUACCGGAGAGCAUAUGCAGCCUUUCAACUGCGCGACCUCUGCAAUGAGAUUCCUGUGCAUGUGAUCAGUGUCAAAUAUUCUGUGCCCCGGGGACACAUCCAGACACUGGCCCAGACCUGUCAUGGGUUUGCGGCAGGGAUGAUCAAGUUCUGUGAGAGAAUGGGUUGGGGCAUGCUGGCUGCGGUGCUGGAGCACAUGUUGGAUCGGCUCCGGGCGGGAGCCAGGGCUGAUUUGCUGGAGAUGGCCCAGGUAGCUUUUGUCAAAAGUCGGAUGGCGCGCAUUUUUUGGGAGAAUGGAUUCAGGAGUGCGCGGGCUCUUGGAGAAGCCGAUCCCCAGACUCUGGUGCCGGUGAUGAUGCAGGCCCAGGCCAAAAAAACGAGGUUACAGGGGGAAGCUGCGGAAAAAUUCAAGCAAAAGCUUCUCGCGAAGGCCGAGAUCAUUGUCAACAGCGCAAGCAAACUGUGGGAGAGACAGCAGCAAGCGCAAUGGGACGAAGAAUGA